UCCAUACAUUUCACUCCGAUGUGAAACAGAAGGAACGAGAGAAAGGUUAUAACCUGGCAUUCAUGUUUCGAUUGCCCUUUGCUGCUGGCAGAGUUUUCAGUAUCAGCAUGCUGGACACCUUGCUGUAUCAGUCAUUCGUUAAGGAUUACAUGAUCUCUAUCGCCAGACUUCUGCUGGGACCAGAUACUACACCAAUAGGAUCUGGAUUUCUCUGUUCUAUGAAAAUCACAGAAGAUGAUUUGUGGAUCAGAACUUAUGCCAGACUUUAUCAGAAGCUUUGUUCUUCGACUGGAGAUAUUCCUAUAGGAAUCUACAGGACCGAAUCACAAAAACUGGUGACAUCUGAGGGAAUCCCAGAGUUGGAAGGAUGCAUGAAUGGAGCCACCAAACCCAUUUCCUCCCCAGUACAACAAUUCAGAUUAAAGCAUGUUAGGCAGAUGACUGUCUAG